AUGAUUCCUACCAUCAAUAAAUGUGACCCCAUCUAUGAACUCUCAUCAAGUACCAUAAUAGCUCAUAUGGACUACACAGACCCCAAAGGUAACAUCAUUCCAUUUAGUUUAUCAGAGUCCAAUCCUAUGACAGUUUCACCCAUAAUGGCCCAUGUGGUGACAUUCCAGACUCAUCAGAAAUUGCCUCCAAAGAAGAUUAGAAAACAUAGUGAUUUAUACAUGGCAACAGUAUCAGCUGACUUAAAUCAGGCUCAACCUGGCCUGCUUGGUGAUAUGCAGGUGCAGUUAGGGAACUCAAUUGCACUUUUGUACCCAACAUGGUCCAUUCAGUGCACACCUGAUGGAUCUAAGAUAACAUGCAAUGCACCUGAGUCGGGGUAUCUAAGAUCACUAAAAAUGGAUUAG